UCUGUACAGCCCAUACCUGUGUAAUAUUGUUAAGCGGAGUGGUUUAAUGUGGGAGUUUUAUGGUGGGUUACAAAUGGCUGGCUUGAAAUGUGACAGAUUUACCUGUGGUUUUAACAUUGAAACACAUUUACUGCUGUAUUUGUAACUGUCACUGGUAGUCUAGCCUGCUUGGGAUUGAAACUCGUUGGGGCCCAUUGUUAUCUUGGAGUUUGUUAUUUCACCAGGAUUUAAUUUUUAAAAUGGCCUCUGCUGAAAUUGUGGAUUCCGGUUCAGUUGGAGAUGUUUACAACGGUGAUGUGGAGGCAGAUGAAAAACCCGCUCUAGAAUUUAUUUAUAUAUCGGAGAGCAAACUGAAAUAUAUCAAUAACAAAUAUGAGAAAGUCAAUGCCAAGAUGUAUGACUAUAAGAGUGAUGUAAAGCUGGUUGUUGGAAAAUCCAAUUUCAAGGGUCAUAAAAAAGUAUUGGCAGACGCUAGUGAUUACUUUGCAGCCAUGUUUAGUCAUGAAAUGAAAGAAAAAGACGAGACUGUGAUUGAAUUGAAAGACAUUAGCCCCGAUGGAUUCAGUGCAAUGCUGGACUACUUUUAUCAUGGCAAUGUGACUGUGGAAAGCAAAAUAGUUCCGGAUAUUCUUGAAGCUGCCAGAUUCUUCCACGUGGAGUGGAUAUUGGACGUCUGCUGUGAUUACAUGAUUCGUCACUUGAGUAUGCUGGAUUAUCCACUAACAAUGGAGCUCGCUGACCGUUACUCGCUGGGGGAUCUGAGAUACGAGAUUUUCAAAUAUUUUGGUAACAACUUGCCAGGCCUUACCGAGAAGGAGCCAUUCCUGCGAGACCUCUCCGCCGAACUUCUGCUACAGUUCCUCAUGGAGUACAUGUAUGUGGAGAUGUCCGAGUACACCAUUAUGCUGCUGAUCCUGCGCUGGGUUGCAGUGGACAAGGAGUCACGUAGUGAGCACCUGCUACCGUUGCUACGACAACUGAGGUUCCACACAAUGGAGCUAGAGGAGCUGGAGGAGAUACCUAGAGACGUGCUGCAGUACAAGGAGAUACGAGACGAGGUUGAGGAUGCAAAGAAUUAUUGCCUGGACGUGGCGUCCCAGUGCACGCGUACUGGAGACAAGUACCAGAGCCGGGGGUCGCGCGAGGUCGUAUUCAUCUCCGCUUUCAACGACAGCAAUGAGUCUAACGUGGUCAUCUACAAGGACCCCGAGAACGAUGACGCCAAUUUGUUUGUAGAGCAGCUUGGACCCUCAGGUCUUAUGGCUGACUACACCACAAUGAGUCAAACCAAGCUGGGAAACUUCCUGUUUGCUGCCGGUGGUUACGAUGAUGAGUACACAAGUUCAGCGCGAGUCUUCCGCUACGAUCCCCGUUUCAGAGAGUGGACAGAAAUAGCAGCAUUGGCUCAUGCUAGAGUUUCAUUUGCCCUGUGUAGUUCAAAGAAUCGCCUCUACGCAAUUGGAGGCGUUUUCCACUGUAUUGGGGAUACAGAAAAUGGGGAAAAGAUUCUGUCUUCGGUCGAGAUGUACGUUCCGGAAGAAAACAACUGGAAAGAGAUUGCCAGUCUUCCGUAUGGGACGUUUGACCAGGCGGCCGUGCACUGUGACGAUGGUAUACAUGUGAGUGGAGGAAUCAGUGACCUCCCUGAGCAUACGGUCCCCAUCAAGUCCAUGUUCUAUCUGCAGGACGGGGCAAACGAGUGGAAAACCAUGCCCGACAUGUUGAUCGCCCGACAGGGGCACUGCGUCAUGAACCACGCUGGCAAGAUAUUCUUUCUAGGUGGUUACACAUCGCAGACAAACAUGGGAGGCUUCACAAACUGCUUUCAGAACGACAUGUUUGAUCUUGAGACCAAGCAGUGGACCACAAUAUUGCCCACACCGGAAGCAUUCGGCCAUCUGUACCGACACAUGGCCGUCACCAACAAGAAGGUGUUCUUUCUGUGCAAUCGAGACUCUGAUGUUCACAUUAGCUAUUUUGAUAUUGAGAAAGAUGAGUUUGACAUUGGCAUCAUGAUUGCUACUGGCGUUCACAAGGUGGCUGUCCUACAGGUUGCCUACCCACACACUUAAACAUACGAGCCACGCUCUGGGAAAACAGGCCUUAAUGCUUGUGCUUAAAGUCCACACAGGCUUAUCAGAGACGACACUUUGCAUCUAUAAUGUUGUUUUAUUCUAAGAAGAGAUAUCUUUUACAAACAAAUAAUGCCAUAAACCCUUUGCAUGCUAGGAACUUUCUUGUCUGCUAAAAUGUCGUCUGCUGAAUUUCUAAAAUUAGCAUUUUCUUCGAUUUUUUUCAAAGAAUACUAUCAGAAUGGCCAACAGUUUGGAUCCAGAUGAGACGCCAUGUUCUGUGGCGUCUCAUCUGGAUCCAAACUGUUUGCAAAGGCCUUCAAAAUUCGGUUCCAGCACUGAAAGCGUUAAAGCAAAAAGUGUUGUCCCAGUUGAGCCUUUGCACAUUACAUUAAGCCCUGUUUUUCCAGAACACAGCCCAUAUGAUCCUGUCUUAGUAUCCUGCUGAGGUUAGAUGCAAGUUGUGUGGUGCCUUUCAUUAUAAAAGAAAAUAAGUAAGCCAAAAUAGGUUUGCUCACAAAUUGAGAUUAUUUAAAAAAAAUAAAUAACUGUUCUCUUAAAUUGGAAAUUAUAUCGUUAAAAGCAGUUAAAUGCAAAGUUAUAUAUGUUAAGUAUCACAAAUAUAUUUUCUAUGCUUUAUGUUAGCUGUUCAGUUAUUAAAUUUGUUCAUACCUUUGUGUUAGGCAUCCUGUGCUAUGUUGCAUUUAAAAUACUAUAGGUGGUGUCUGGAAAGAAACGCUUAACCCUUAAAGCGCUGGAGCUGAAUUUUAAAGGCCUUUGCAAACAGUUUGGAUCCAGAUGAGACGCCACAGAACGUGGCGUCUCAUCUGGAUCCAAACUGUUUGCUAUUCUGAUAGUAUUCUUUGAAAAAAAAUCGAAGAAAAUGCUAAUUUUAGAAAUUCAACAGACGACAUUUUAGCAGACGACAAAUUUCCCAGCAUGCAAAGGGUUAAUUAAUGUGCAUAAAUUAUGCCUCAAGAUUGUGCAGUCUUAUCAGAGACAACACUUUCCGAGAAUAGAUUUUCAUUUAGAAAAGACUUCCUUAACCCUUUGAGUGCUGGAACCGGAUUUUGAAGGCCUUUGCAAACAGAACGUGGCGUCUCAUCAGGAUCCAAACUGUUUGCUAUUCUGAUAGUAUUCUUUGAAAAAAAUCGAAGAAAAUGCCAAUUUUUGAAAUUUAGCAGACAACAUUUUAGCAGACGACAAAUUUCCCAGCAUGCAAAGGGUUAAAACAUAAAAGUGGAAAGUGUUGUCCCUGAUAAGCCUCUGCUGACUGCGCAGGCUAAUCUGGGAAAAUAUUUUAGGCACAUGGGUUAAGCGCUUUUUUUAGGUCAUGGCUCAUUUAUUGCUAUUAAUUUAUUGCCAGUUUUUAUGUACUAGUAAAGUUGAAAUGUAAUUAGAAAGUGUUUCCAUAUUAAGUGAUAUAGUGCAGCAGUUUAUGUGAUGCUCACAUGCUUCUACCCAUGACUUCAUCAGCAUAGCAUAGCCCCUAGUGAUAAUACACUUCACCAGCAUAACAUAGCCCCUAGUGAUAAUACACUUCAUCAGCAUAACAUAGCCCCUAGUGAUAAUACACUACCAUUGCUAACAAGGCAAAGGUUGUUAUCCUAGUUGGAUAAUCCUUUUUUGCUUUUUCCAGACAUACCAAGUACUAAACUGUUUUCAUUAAUGAACAAAUUAACAUUUUCAAAACACUAAAUAAAAACAGCCAGCAUUUUCUUGGAUGUAGCUGUUCUAAUUGAUAGACAGGAUACAAACAAAAACUAUUUUUUUCAAUCUUAGAUCUCAAGAGGGUAUUUUUAUUUUUAAUAUGGGGAGAACAUUUCAGUAGCCCUCUUUUAACACUUGCAGUGCUGAAACCGAAUUUUGAAGGCCUUUGCAAACAGUUUGGAUCCUGAUGAGACGCCACAGAACGUAGCGUCUCAUCAGGAUCCAAACUGUUUGCUAUUCUGAUAGUAUUCUUUAAACAAAAAUCGAAGAAAAUGCUAAUUUUAGAAAUUCAGCAGACGACAUUUUAGCAGAUGACAAAUUUCCCAACAUGCAAAGGGUUAAAGGUGGCUACUAUUCAGUUCAAAAUAAACUGCAGAUCAACUACAUGUACUGGUAGACGUGGUUUAUACCCUAUGUUCUGUUAAAUAUUGAAUAGCAUUUAUGUGAUUGAAUUAGGCAUGAUUAAUAUUGUUCAUGAAUGAAAUACUAAAACUCAAUAUAAUGGCUGAAAGAGUUAAGAUAAAUGAUGACUGAUAAGCGUACAGAAAGGGUCAUUGCAUGGCUUAUGUAGUUAUUUUGAGCUUGUAUUUUGUAUUAGUUUAUUUAUAAUUAAAAAAUUUUGAACAAAAUAUGUCUUUUAAGGCGUUUUAUGCUUACUUGUGCAUGUAGAUGUUUUUUUCCAUUUUGGGAUAAGAUAUAUUUAAUGUCUGUCAGAAAUUUAUUGUAGCGAAUUUAUAUAUUUUUUACAGAUACUGCAGUACUGUCCUGUAUCGGUCACACCAUAAAAAUUAGCAUUUUUAAUAUGACAAUUCUUUUUGGUUGCUUUGGUCAAAACAGAUUAUUUUAUUAACAAAAAAAAUUGACUAGUAACGUUUUAAUCCAGUAAUAUGAGUAUUUCGUAUGUUAUGGUCUAUGUGAAAAGAAUUGGAAAUUUCAACCUAUUCAGAAAGCAAUCCUUUUGUUUUUAAAUAAACUAAGUGUGUCUUUGCAAUUCUUUGUAUUAUUGUCUGUUUUAAAUAUAAAUAGUUAUGGUUUGUAUUUAUACUUUGUCUUAGAGAAGAAUUUUGCCAUUUUGUUUUACUGUACUUAAUAUAUUAAUUGGGCAUUGUAACAGAAGUGGCAUUCCAGAUAAAACUUGCAUGUAUCUUAUUAAUUAGUCUUUAAAUCCUUGUUAUUUUAUUUGCACUACAUGUUCAGAACUAAGAUGAUACACAACUCAGAAUAUAUCAUGUCUAUCAGAUACGGUCCCUGAUGUAAAAUGUUUUAUGUUUUAAUUGGAAAUAAAACCAUGAACAUUCCUAGAAAAGAUCAGUCUCUGUACAGAUUGAAUGUUUCUAUGACUUAUUGUGAGUUAAUUGUUGGAUUGACUUGAGCAAAAUGUGAUAUGUCUGUGACUAAAAGAUCUGAGCAACUUUUAAGUUGUAUUUCCAAUGUUUGAAUUAUAUGUUUGCUCUGUGAACAUUCCUGAGUAUGACUUGCCUAAGAAUGCAAUUAAUAAGAUUAUGUGUGGAUUAAAAUGAUUGCUUUUAUUGUCUUGCAAAUUGGGCUUUAACUAUUUAUAAACAUGUACCUGUAAAUUAUAAAUCAAUGUUUGCUUCAUUAUUACACACAUUAAUGCAUGUUUAAGUCAAAAGUUGUUAACUGAAUCUUAAAGAUAGAGCGUGUGUGGUUACAUUGAAUUUUUUGACAUUUCAAUGUCAACAUGAAUUACAUGUUAAUGUGGUAGUUAUUGAUAGCUGUUUCUUGACUGUUAGUUGUUAAAUGUUAGUAUUUACUCUGAGCCUAGGCGUGCUUGUGUUAUAGAAAUUAAGAAAUAACAUGUAAUGUUAAAUCAGUUAAUAUUUAUAUUCAUACUUUUACAUUUUUUAUGCUUCUUAAAUAAAGCUUGUUGAAAAGAAA